AUGCUGCCGCCGCCGCCGCCGUCCAGCCUGGGGCGGCGCCCGCGACCUAGAAGCCAGGCCGAAGUAGCGCUUCAUUGGCUAGCAGCUGGGCGGGCUCCGGGUGGGGAGCAUCCCGGCGAGCGCCCGGGGGCACCUCCUGUCUUCAGGCGCCACGCCCGCAGGGCAGCUCCGCACCGGCCAAGCGCACCGCCGCCUUUCUUCCUCUUCGCCUCUGCCUGCCGCGCCGCGUCCCGCUCCCUCCGACGGCUUCCCCAGAGCCGCUGCCCCUUCUGGUGGGGUCUCCCUCCAGAGCAGCCUUCAGCUGGCGGCGGGCGGGCCCAGGGACUCUCUAAUUGGCUCUCAGCCGGCUACUUCAGAGGCCCCGGAGAGACCAGUGGCCGGAGGGCUCCGGGGGUCUGUGUGAACUUGGGCGCCUUGGAGCCCAGCAGGGGCCACCGGACGUGGGUUUCCCCGGGCCGCGGUCGCCUCCUGCCUCCCACACGGGCGCUCCGUCCCCUGCCGGCCCUUCAGCUCUUCCAACGAGGCCCCUUCCCCACUAGAACUCCUUCCCCUAUUAGCGCCGAGCUCGAAAAGCGGGAUUCGCCCGUCUCCGGCAGGGAGGCUCCCGCGGCCCGUCUCGGGUAUGCCCUCCGCUUGGACCGGCGGCGCUCCCACUCUCCCCAACCGAGGGGCCGCGCCUGGUCUCCUCCGUCCACCCAGCCCUUCUCCGGGGGCUUUCCCCACACCCCACCUCUGAAGGACGCCGACCGACGGGUGGUCUCGCCCUAGGC